AUGUUUACUUCGUGGGAUCUAGUGCGCCCGACGUUUUGGCACCCAAUGUCGACACUGGAGCUGUCUUUGAUGGACAUCAGUGCGAUGCCGCCAUUGUCGGUGGGUAUGCGCUACGUGCCUGAUGUGGGCACCGACGACGAGUUUUUCAAGGAUCUGCCUACAACGAAGCAGUCGGAGAAGAAAGACGAGAAGUUGGAGCAGACGCCCGAGUCGGAAAACCAGAGUGCUUUCUCGUCGUACUCCUUCAGCAGCUCGUCUGUUGUGGAUGAGGGAGGAAACAAAGUUGUGAGUACGCGUCGGCGCUACGAAGAUUCGUCGGGACGCCUGAAAGCAGAGCACGAACGUGAGGUGGCGGGUAAACGUCUGAAGACGGUGUGGAACCGUCAGAACGCCAACGAUGAGGGUGAACACAAGACGAUCUGCUCGCAGGGAACGCCCGAUGAUUUUGAGAACUUGUGGAGCCGCACAGCGUUUGGUAAGGCUCAGGAACAGAAGAAAAAGGAGCUGAAGGAAUCGGGUGAGCCCGCCCAAAGUGGUAAGCAGCAGCAGCAACAGCAACAGCAACAACCCGAACAAGCGUCGGAUGCCCCAAUGGCGUAA